UUAUAAUGUGCGCGUGUGUAAAUUUGCACCGGGGGUGGUUGGUUGACGAUCCGGUGUCUGCGGGACUGACAUCGUGAUUUUGUCUCGUUUGUUGAAAAUUCUUAAGUGGCAUUUCUCAGCCCCGUCACAAACUGGGAGUGUCGUGUUUUUAAUUUUUCACAAAGGAGUCAGCUGUUUCCUCAUUAAUAACUGAGACACCAUUUUAUUAACCACGAGGAAACGAUAAAAGAAAAUCCCCCGCCGACUUGACAAGACUGGAGCGCACAAAAACGCACGCGGUGUCUAAAAAUGGCGAAGGUGUUUCGCGCGGUGACAGUGUCGACUUUGUCAAACAAUGGACAAUCAACACCAAAAUUCGACAAGCCGGUGACGCUUUUGAUUAAUUAUGAUCCCCAGGGCCUCAGCAUCGAGCUUGUAUCAGGGGACUACAUUGAUAAAGAUCAAAAUUCGUUACUGGAAUUUCCAGUAACACACACGACAGAAUGUUCUCGAGUCUCAAAUCGAAGCUAUAUAUUUACACUAGAUUCAGAUAGUUUAUUAAUAUCAUUCGCCAAUGAAACAGACUUUCGAAACUUCCAUUCGCAAAUUUUAAAGCUCAAAAAUGGAAAAGGAGUCUCGGCAUUCAAUGAAAGAACCGAGGAAUCAUCGGCAAUGCAGUAUUUUCAAUUUUAUGGAUAUUUAUCGCAACAGCAAAAUAUGAUGCAGGAUUAUAUAAGGACCAGCACCUAUCAACGGGCAAUACUUGGAAAUAUAUCGGAUUUCAAAGACAAAAUAGUAUUAGAUGUUGGCGCUGGUUCGGGAAUAUUAUCAUUCUUUGCCGUUCAAGCGGGAGCAAAGAAAGUUUAUGCCGUUGAAGCGAGUAAUAUGGCAAAUCACGCUGAAUUAUUAGUAGCGGCAAAUAAUUUAUCGGAUAAAGUUGUUGUGAUUGCGGGUAAAAUUGAGGAAAUUGAACUGCCAGAUCGCGUUGAUUGCAUUGUCAGUGAGCCAAUGGGUUACAUGUUGUACAAUGAGCGUAUGCUCGAGACAUAUCUUCAUGCAAAAAAAUGGCUCAUUCCAGGCGGUAGAAUGUUUCCGUCAAGAGGAGAUCUUCACAUUGCUCCAUUUUCGGACGACAGUCUCUACAUGGAACAGUUUAAUAAGGCCAAUUUUUGGUGUCAAACGUGUUUUCACGGAGUUGACCUUUCCGCCAUGAGGAACAACGCGAUUAAAGAAUAUUUCAGACAGCCUAUUGUCGACACCUUCGACAUUCGCAUUUGCAUGGCUAAAUCUGUCCGGCACAUUGUAGACUUCCAAACAGCAGAUGAGACUGAUUUACAUAAAAUAGAAAUAGAUGUCGAUUUUCAUAUACUAGAAAGUGGCACUUGCCACGGCCUUGCAUUUUGGUUUGAUGUUGCAUUCAUUGGCUCAACACAACAGGUUUGGUUGAGUACAGCUCCCACGGAACCUCUGACUCAUUGGUAUCAGGUUCGCUGUUUACUUGAAAAUCCCUUAUUUUGUAAAAGUGGACAAUUACUCUCAGGAAAAGUUAUCUUAGUCGCUAACAAAAGGCAAUCGUACGAUGUGACAAUUGAUCUAAAGGUCGAAGGAACAAACAUGGAGAGCAGCAGCAACACUUUAGAUUUGAAAAAUCCCUACUUUAGGUAUACAGGAGCUGCGGCUCAGCCACCACCGGGUUUAAAUAAUACCUCGCCAAGUGAAUCAUAUUGGACAAGUUUAGAUGCUCAAGGUGCACGUCAGGCAGUUAAUAUGGUUAAUGGAAUGUCAGUUAAUGGUCUCGGUGAAGUAUCAAUGGAUACAAGUGGAGGAGUAAACUCAAAUUUAUUAGCAAUUGGCGGACAGCCAAACAUUCAUCCGGGUUUGAUCUCGAGUACUGGACGCGGAAGAGUCGGAACGGCUACAAGUACACAAGCAGCUCAAUUAAUUGGUGGUGGCAUUACACCAAAUAUGUUCACUUCUCCUGCCACACUUGGUGUUAAUUUCCAGCAGUCGCUGGUACUUGGAAAUACCUCGCAUUAUCCAGUGAAUCCAAGUUUGAUGAUUGGCGACUAUGUGACGCCUUGCAAUGGAAUUCCACAGCAGGCAUAUCGACAAUGAUCUCGGGCAAAGAAUUUUUGUCAUUAUUACACCAGCAGUAAAUUAAUAAAGCAAUUAAAGAAUGAAAAUAAUCACUAUCAUCGUUCAUAUAGAAAUGAUGAUCGAAUGAAUUCUAACGAUUAUUCCGAUAAUAGAAAAAAAUGCCGCCGACUCAUGUUCAGUUCACCGAUCAGUAAACUUCAUUUAUCAUCAGCAACACCAAUAUUCGAGAUCUUGGACAAUUUACAUGAUGACAAUUUUUAUUCAACAAAUUCAAUGAUUGAUAAGCUGAUCAAAUUUGGAUGGAACUCUAGUAAGAAUUAUUCAUAUUGGGACGCGCGCUCGAAAGGAUUGCGAAUUGCUUUGCUAUCCGAUCACCAUUGAAAACAAAAAAUUACCGCUUCUCUGUAAGAAUUCGAUCUUCCAGAAUUUACGAGCACGCUUGCCAAAUAUAUAUAUAUAUAUUCCGGAUUGAUAUUUUUUAAUGACAAUACUAUUUACUGCUCGUAGGAACUUGCAUGCUCUAGAAUUUUUAUUUUUGUUUUUGUAAUUUAGAUAAGACAAGUAGUUUUGUAAAAAGUAAGAACAAAAUUUACAAAUAUGCUUCUCUUGUCGAUUUUGAUGAUAAAAAAAAGGGAAUUUCUUUUUAAUGCAAGACAAGUCGGUGUGUGAAUGUUUAGAUUUAUUUCGUGCUCGAUCUCGAUGCUAUUUAUAAAUGCGAUCUCGAAAUAAUUUCUCUGCAGUUUUUAUAUACAUUUUUUUUUUUUGAAACUACAGACACCAAGAAUAGGGUAUUAAAGCACCUGUGGCUUUGCCUGUCUUUGGAAUAACCCCAAUUUUUUGGAAAUUUUUUAAAUGACUAAUUAUUAAUUUUUGUCCUUUUCGAAAAAUUCGAAAACAGCUUUAAACGUUCAAUUAAUAAAAACGUAGAAAAAUAGGAUUAUUUAAUACUCGAAUACAUUCACGGAAAAUUGUACAUAGCAUAAAAUUGCAAUCAAUCGGACCUUCCAUUUUAGUUUUUAAGGAAUUGUGCUUGUUUCUUUAAUGACAAUACAUUUUUUUUUGAAGAUACUUAAUUUUCUGCCUUCUCUUUUUUUUUAUCAAUAAUGACUCGAUUUUUUGAUAAUUUUUCUCUCUUGUUUUCUUCUUUCUUUCAAUUAUCAAUUAUAUAGAAUAAAUUGGUUUUCGAGAGGCCAAGAUUGUAAAUAUUCUCUUUGAAUAAGAUGAUUCAGAAUCGUUUCGAAAUUUCGCAAAUGUUUCCCUUAGAAUCUCCCUUAUAACAUAUCCUGAAUAAAACUCAUAUUUAUAUAUUUAUACGUGAUCUAGACGAACCAUUUUUUUGGCGACAGGCAUUCCACAAGUGCUAAGAAAAAAAAAUUAGCCCGAUGAUGUACAUAAUAAUAUUUGCUUCCAUUUCUUUUCUGUAAGCAAUGUGUGAGAAUGAUUCUUUUUUUUAACGCAGUUUAAACACUUCACAACAAAAAAAAAACCUAAUUUUUUGUUUCUUCUUAAUUAUUAUUAAUCAUCAUUCGUCAAAAGAAAAAUUAUUCUCAAAAACAGGCAAAAUUCUUCAUUCGCUAACAAUAUUUAUUGCGUUUAUCAAAUAAAUAUAUUGUGGAAAAAUAAUCGACGAAUCAUUUAAUUUUACGACAAAUUCUUUCUUUCCUUUGAAAAAAAAUCGUGUUUUUUUUGCUUUGAUCUAAAAACUGAUUUGAAAGGAAACAAUUUCUCUCGUUUCUCGAAGAAUUAAAAAUAAAAUUUGAUAUAAAUAUAUCAAGAAAUAAUUUUGUAAAUGUUGAAAUUGAUUUAUUUUGAGUUUUUACUUUAAUAAAUAAAUGGAAGUUCGUAAUAAAUAAGAAUUAAUUUGAAUUUGUCUUAAAUUUCUAUUAUUUUGCUGAAUAUUAGUAACUUCAGUUACUAAUAACUAACAUCUUAAUGAAUUAAUUAGUUUGCAAUUCGUAUUCUUUCUUUGUUAAUUUUCCUUUCCUUCAAUGAAAGCGCACAGUGUAAAAAAAAUGAAAAAAUCGAUAUUUUUUGAGGUUCUGAAUAAUACUUUUGCCAAAUCCACAUUUACAAGUUGUAAUUAGAAUUAUUACUCCUUUUUUUGCGAUUCAAUGACUGACAUAUAUAAGCACAAUCAUAAAAUUGUCAUCUUUCUCUCUCCUUUUUUUUAAAUCUUUAGAAAAAAUAAGCAUUAUAUAUAAUAUAAAUACACGACUUAAAAUUGUAUACAAAAUCGUUUGUGAAUCUUGCGAAAGGAAAAUCUGAGUUUUUAUAUCACGAUUUAACGAAAAACAAAAGGAAAAAAAAAAAAAUGUUCAACCUCAAGCGUUCAAUUUCGCAAACUCUAGUCGUUAAGUCCGUACAUCACAACGAGUUACGCGUGUUAAUUAAGUUGAUGAUUGUAGAAUUAAAAGCUUCUCAACUUUUCUUUCUUUCUUUUUCUUUUGAUUAUUAUUAAAGAAUAAGGUUCAAAAAAGUUAAGAAAGCAAAACCAGUGUUCACGUGAAUAAUCAACAGUGAUGUUGAGGGAAAAAAAAAAUUCCUUUUUUUAAAAAAAAAAUCAUGACUGGUCCUUCCCCAAAUUCAUAAUUCUAGCUCUGCGUCCGUGUGUUCUCUUUUUGAUACUGAAUAUACUCGGAAUCCUAUUAUGUUUCGCGAAUCCUCUCAUAAGGUGUCUACCGGUAAUGACAACUAACGAAACAAUAAAUUAAGUUGAAAUUUUA